CAUCCCAUCCACCUCGGAUCGUCUACCUCACCAACUCAACCCAAGCUCUUUUGUCCUAACUCUCUUCCGACUUGUCUGUACACGUUCUGUCACUCUCACACCCACUACCAAAAGCGGUCGUCGAAACGGGGAAGAUUAGAGGCUUCACGAUCCAUCCAGAAAGAAGAGCGGCACUCCUGUCGCCAACGCAGCCCAAACCUUACCAUCAUGGAAUCCCUAGGUCCCCCGAGCUCCGAAGGUUACGGCAGUUACGUGUACGUUGACCACAGCGAUGCCAAGACGAGUGAUGAACUCUGCCAAGCAACAAAGUCGGCGGGUGAUGCUGAACAGCAUGAGAACUUUGCCGGUUCAUCAGGUCAAGACCUAGAGCGGCACUGGCUCGAGCAUCGAGCCUGCCAGAACAGUCCAUACGGUGAUCAGUUCGGCUACCCGCAAUCCUCAGCGUCGGGGUACAGCCUACAAUCCGGAGCUGGCCCCCCAUACGCUACCGAUGGCCAACAUACGCACCAGACCGAACGAUUCGAUCAUGACCAACCCUUGGAACCUUUUCAGAGAUCUGCCGCGUACUUCGAGGCCAGCAGCGGCGACCGGUAUCCUCAAUAUGCUGCGCCAAACGGACACAACAGCCAAUGGCCAGGAUUCACGCAGCCACUAUACAACUUCCCCGAUGCUGUGCAGCCCUAUCCCACUUACGAUCCUUACAUCCAAGACAACAACACGAUGCCUGCCCCUCAGGAUCCAGUCGUGAGAUAUCUGGGAGGCUCACGGCCCGCAGAGUAUCGUCGGGGAGACCGGCAAAGACACCUGGAGCAGCAAGUCGAGCAGUGGAUGGAUGUUCUCAACACGCCUGGCAUCCAAGGUACAGCCAACGGUAGUAACCGGGCACACGGUGCAGGUCCGACGUCACUUGACAGCGAGUGGGGUGGGUCUAGCGUGGAUACCUUACGCCCCUCCGGUCCUCGAUCUGGAAGCCUAUCAGCUCGCACAAAUUAUGCCCCUGGCCCAGUCAGCUAUAACCGGCAGAGGCAAGGGCGGGGAUCUUUCAUGCCGCCUACGUAUUCGAUAUCCACACAGCAGAGCGCUCAAGGACGUGCCAAUCCCGGGCAACCCGCAGUCUAUGGUACUUCCCGCGGAGUAUCAAACCACGACGGCAACCAUCACCAUGUCCUGACAUCCGAAACGUCAAGCUCCAGACCGACCUCUCCAGGGAGUUCUGCGACGUCAGAUCCGCUCCAAUGCCCUUAUUGCCCGGCAACGGCAAUUGCGGCCGGCACAGGAGACAAAAACAUGGCGAAGCGAAAGAAUGGGUCUGUGAGGCCAGUCAUUGCAGCCGCGCGUUCCAGAGGUCCGAUGCCAGGCUCAAGCAUUACCGACGCCAGCAUCGAGAACUCCUCCCGGGCGGCUCGUAGAUCGGAGAUUCCAAAAUGGCGAAGUCGGCGCCGUCUUUACUGAUAUCGGCGAUCCAUAAGGACACACUCGCCAUUGCCAACAACUUCGAGUUCAUAUCUAGACCCUGCCGUAUUUCCAGUCGAGCUUCCUGUUCACAUUGCGCGUUGCUCGCUUUCACGUACACUCCUGGACCGUCUCUUUCCUUUGUCGUUGCUUUGGUUCUUGAUAUGGCCUUUCCCCUUCCCUUGUCUUUGGACGCAUUUAGCGCUUAUACCCCAGCAUGGAGCGGCCGUGGGAAACCACGUAUCCUUUCGCCAAUCGCUCCCCAAAAAUAAUCCUCAACGCAUGUUGCGUCAUUCAUAUUCUCUUUUCUAGUACACAAGGGCUUCCUGUAUUUCGAUUCGACGGAGAGAUAUGUCUAGGGUAAUGGGGUACGAUGGUAUGAUGCUGGCAAAAUAGUCGGAUUAUGUAUGCAACGGUCGGAACAGCAGUAUCGGAUUG